UGGAUUGUACAAUUCACCUUCAUUCCAAAAUUAUCCCUGGAACUGUUUCUUUUCUCCUGCGUCGGUCAUCUUUUUCUCCCACGACAGUACAAACCAACCAAGAAGAAAUAACACCUUCAGUGGCAUCAAUGGCAUCAGAUCUUCGAACUCGUCUGUUCUACCACCGCUUGACAUUUUUUAAACAUUGUGUUUAAUUUGACAGAUGCUGGAGUUUAAUCUUUUAUAUAUAAUCCGUAUAUAUGAUACUCCGUAUAUGAUAUAUAUACACGCAUAUAUAGAUAAAUAUAUAUAUACACACACUAAAAUUUUGAUAAUAAUUAAAAUACUACAACUAUUAAAAUAAAUUUUUUGUUCUACUUCGUACUAAUUUACUGUAUACCCUUUUAUGUAAUUUCAUGUCAUCCAGCUAUUAUUUCAGCUCUUUUUAUCAAACGCGUUUAAUUCAUCCAUAGUUCACUUAUCACCCAUUUUCUCCACAGCAUCUUAUGCUUCAAGCUUCAGCUGAGUUCUUCAUUUACCCGGUACUCUUGAAUGACAGAUUAGGGGUUGAAGAUCAGGCAAAUAUCUCUCGCUAGCAACAAAGUCUGAUUACCCCAUAUCUAUUCUCAAGUUGUUAAAUGUGAAAGAAAUUAUGUGAAGAAAAUUCAAGGAGGUUCGCUAUAAAAAGGUAUAAGUCAAUGUCUCAAAGCUGGAAGAAAUCAAGUCAAGCUGACUGAAGAACUUGACUUUUAAAACAGGUAGAAGUCAGUGUCUCAAAGCUAGAACAAAUCAAGUCAAGCUGACUGAAGAACUUGGCUUUUAAAACAGUGCCUCCUAUUUAUCAGUGCCGGUCCUGAUCCCAAUCCUCAAAAUUGAACGCCGCAGAAUUAUUUCAAGGCCCUCCCUAACACACGCAAAGAAGAGGACUGUGAAGAAACACUUGCCAGCAAUGGCAGCAAUUUUAACACCAUUUCCGUCGUAUUCCGUCUCCCCAAGACUUUCGGUUCCUGCUCAACAAUCUUUCCCUGCAAGUCAUCUCAUUCGAAGCUCCACAGUUUCCAAGAAACACAUCUCCUUCAGAGUUCAAGCUGCAAAGCUUCCUGCCGGGGUGGAAUACCCAAAGAAACAGCCAAAACUUCAGCCCCCAUUUCUGGGUUUUACAAGAACUGCUGAAAUUUACAACUCCAGAGCUUGUAUGAUUGGCCUGAUUGGAACUUUCGUUUUAGAACUGAUAUUGAAUAAGGGAAUACUACAGGCUAUUGGGGUGGAUGUCGGGAAAGGCCUUGAUCUUCCCUUAUGAAAACGUAUUGGUGUGUUUUCCAUUCGAGCUCCAUUGUAAAAGCACACUGUUUUUUUAUUGGUUCCCUUCAAAAAUAUGUAAAUCUGAAAUCACUACUAUUACUAAAUAUUUCUUCUUUAAUUUCCUUCCAUUUCAUUUGAAGCUA